AUGGGCAGCUCGAACAUUUGGACAUACAGUGACUACACGAUAGCAUGGAUAUGCGCGCUGCCAGUAGAGAUGGCCGUCGCCUGCGCAAUGCUAGACGAGCGCCAUGAAUCACUUCCUCUGCAACCAGAGUCGCACCAUCAGAAUAAUUACGUCCUUGGGCGCAUAGGAGCUCACAAUGUCGUUGUGGCAUGUCUGCCCUCGGGCAUCACGGGCACGAUAUCAGCGGCAAGAGUGGUACACCAGAUGCUCGCGACCUUUAAAAGACUCAAAUUCGGGCUGAUGGUCGGCAUCGGAGGCGGAGCACCUAGUGUAGAAAACGAUAUUCGGCUGGGCGAUGUCGUGGUGGGCAAGCCUACGGGGUUUUUUGGGGGUGUCGUUCAGUAUGAUUUUGGCAAGACGGUGCAAAACGGACGCUUUGUGCGUACUGGGAUGCUGAACAAACCGCCAGAGGCGCUGUUGACGGCUAUGAGUAUUCUGCAGGCUAGGCAUAUGAUGGAAAGCCAUGGUAUAUCUUCGACUAUAUUGCAGAUGGUUGGCAAAUAUCCGGCUAUGAAGCCUCAGUUUACCUAUCCCGGUGUCGAAUACGAUAGGCUGUAUGAAGCAGAGUAUGAGCACCCAGAGAAUGAGCUCACCUGCUCAAAUUGUGAGCCAAGCAGUGUGAAAAAUAGAGAGCCUCGCCAACAGCCCUUGCCGGUCAUCCACUACGGUCUGAUUGCGUCCGGAGACCAGGUGAUGAAGCAUGGAGCGACUAGGGAACAGCUACGCAGGGAACUUGAUGUUCUUUGCUUUGAGAUGGAAGCCGCUGGAUUGAUCGACAGCCUGCCUUUUGUGGUUAUCAGGGGAAUUAGUGAUUAUGCAGAUUCGCAUAAGAAUAAUCAGUGGCAGGGGUAUGCUGCCGCAACGGCCGGUGCGUAUGCUAAGGAGUUGAUGUCUGUUAUCCCAGCGGCAGAAAGCCACGAUCCUCGCCCAGCUGUCGACAUGCACGAAACGACCAAGGCUCUCUAUGCGAAUGUUCAGGAAUGGUUGUCGCCCGCAGAUGUGCAAGAUGACUUGUAUCGUCACGAGAAUGAGUGCAUGAGUGGCAGUUGUGACUGGGCUUUGACCACAAACGAGGUUCAAUCUUUUCUUGCGACAAAAACAGAGACCGAAAUCCUCAGAAUUGGCGGGGCCCCCGGGAAUGGAAAAUCAACUCUCACUGCUUUUAUUAUACGCCAUUUAAUUGAAACCACCAACGCUGACGUGCUAUACUUUUUCUGCAAGGGCACGGACGAGAACAAGAACCGCCCGCUUCAAGCACUCCGAAGUUUACUUUCUCAGCUACUCUCCAAGACUAACGGAUCCGAUCUUUAUUCAUGGGUUGACAAGCUGCGUUUGCAAAGCGGACAAAAGACUGCCCAGUCUUUUGCAACCCUCAGCCAUGCCUUCCAAUUUGCACUAGGGAAGGACUUGCAAAAGCCGCUUCUAUACAUCGUUGUAGAUGCACUCGACGAAUGCCAGGAUGGCUCUCUUCUUGCGGCAUCACUGAUCACGGCGUCAAAGCUAUCAAAAGGAGUUGUAAAGCUCAUACUUACAAGCCGCGAAGAUCCAGAUCUACUGGACAUUUUCAGCCAAUAUGAAGAAAACCCGCCAUUGCUCAAGGAAUUGAUCGUCGUCCCGGCAUAUGUACGCCGACCUGUCAAGGCGUACGUUCAGGAGAGGGUGUAUCGAUGUAAACACAUCAGCGGCGGCCCCCUUGGCCGCAUUGUUCUCCAAAAGGUCGCAGCUGCGGCAGAUGGCUCAUGGCUCUAUGCGCGAUUGAUUAUGGAUGAAAUCCAGCGACUUCCGAGUGCAGCAUCGGUGCAGCGACAACUAGAAAACAUACCCAACGGUCUCGUGCAGCUGCAUUCACGAAUAUUUGCGACAAUGGAAAAGUCGUUUUCCCCUCUUGAACUCCGGCUCUCGCAGCAGGCGUUUCUGUGGGUUGACAUGCUGGAUUUUGUGCAGGUUGGAAGAAUGCACUUGGACAGGGAAGUGCUGGAUAUUGUUUUUCAAGCCGAGAAUGGCGGCGAGCCGGUUUUCGACUCGAUUGAUUUAGCCAGGCGGCUGUGCUCUCCCUUGGUAACCUUUAAACAGAUCAAGAAAGAAUCUCGACAUAAAGUGGUAUUCGUCCAUCAGACUGCUGCGCAAUUUGUGCACCAGUGCGCGAGCAGAAGAACAGAGACCGGGACAAUAAUUAGGGUACCACAGAUUCUAAAGCCGCAGGUACUUAAAGAGCUAUAUCGUGCCAACACGAGUGUUUGGUAUUUUGAGUCUUGCGUCAAAUCAACAACCCUUUUGGAAGACCUGCACGCUAAUCCUACUAUUGAGGGGCUCGGGAAGAAGCCCGGCGCGUAUUUCGAGAUGGCCUAUGGUUUAUGGGGUGCAUUCUUUCUUGAAAGUUUGCCCACAGACCUCGACGAAGACGAUCUUGAGCAGGUGUCUAUGCUUUGCACCCGGCUGGCGCAAUUUUUGCAGUCGGGAAGAUGUCUGAAGUGGAUUGAGCUGGCCAUCAUUAUCAACUACGACGGCGGCUUCGUUACCCUUUUUGACAAUGCCAUCAAGGCGCUCAAUGCUUCGAAACGAAUGCUUAGCAGCAGUAAUUCUAAUGAAACCUAUCCAAUUCUGCUCGAGUAUUCUAAAACUACAAGCCAGUUUUUCGCAGACUAUGCAUAUGUGAUUUCUGUCACUGGGCCUAGUGAUCACGAGAAGGGUAUGGUCAUGCCAGACGGAUUUGAGAGUCGUCCCUUGGCGGCAGAUUUGCUUUCUUUGGGUCGUAAAUGGAACUAUUUACAUGUUAUUUAG